AUGUCGGAAGCACAGCUCAAGUAUCCGCUGGACGCGCCCGAGCACGGCUCCUUUCGUCUUCUGGAGCUCCCUCCAGAGCUCUGCGCGCUCAUAGAGUCUUCUGCCGACAGCACGCUCAGCCUGUCGAUAAAGGGUGGACCGGACGAUGACGCGGUGCUCUGCACGUCGGACAGGACGUACACCAUGCGCUCCGUCGUCCUCUCCAACUCCGUCCUCGUCGUCACGCCCUCCGCCGAUCUGGCCACCGGGCCGAACAACGACAUGCCCAGGAUCGAGGUGCAGGAGAGCCUGAGCGAGAUCCUGGAGCUCGCGCCGACCGUUCCGAAGCUGCAUCGCCUGCGGGGGCUGUUGAGGGGCAUGCAGUGGGAGGAGGGCCACGAGGACGAAGACGAGGAGGUGGGGUACGACGAGUUCGACCGGCCGAAAAAACGCCCGCGAUACACGUACGAGCAGGCGCGCUCUGAGCUCCAGGCGAGCGAGCACGAGCUGGCCGCCGCCAUCCGCGAUCAACGCGUCCUCGUCAUGAACGGGAACCUCAGGCCCAUGCCACCAUCCUACCUCCACACGAUCCUCGAGCUCCUCCUGAUGUACCUGGCGUCGCUCCAGCAGCCCCACGACGCCGCGUCCGUCCUGGACAUGGUGUGCGCGCUCGAAGACGAGCAUGAGAUCGGGCGCGAGGUCACGACGCAGGUCAUGCAGUGGUUCGGAGACGUGGACGGAGGCAAGUGGAAGAUGGACGUGGACGCGGUCGUGAGGCAAGUGGGUCUGGGAAUACUUAGGCACCACAAGCAAGACGAACCGGCCGACGUGAACGAGUUCCUGACAAAAUGGACAUCCGCGGUCGGCGACACGUUCUCUGCUCGAGUGUCCCUGUCUCUUCUUUCGGGAAACUACCUCUCCUCGACGUCGCCCUUCACGUCCAACAACCUCAUCUCUUACUUCCCUUGCGCAGAACUACCCACCGACCCCGCCGCUCGCUUUACCGACCUCUUCCUCACACGCCGGCGCUGGAAAGCUGAAGACAUCGCUCCCUUCCUUUCAGACAUUGCAGUCAAUGCAAAGGAGCGGGAUAAGCUGCUGUUGAGAUAUGCAAGGGCCUUGACGGACAAGGAGGGUGCAUGGUAUACAUCGCGGGUGAAAUAA